AUGACCGAGGAAGUUCACGGGAAGUUUCUUGAGUUUCUUGAAAAUACGCCUAAAGUAAGGCAUCAGGCUGAGCAAGCAAUAUACACCAACGAGCAUGUGCUUAAUAUUGACCUUCAGGAUGUCAAUGCAUACUCAGUGGAUUUGUAUGUAGACCUAUUGAGAAACUUUGCACGCGACGUGGAUAAAAUCAACAAGAGUACAGAAGUAUUUACCAAGAAGUUAUUUUCUAGUGCACUGGAGUAUACAUCUUUUUACAACAGUCAUGUUGUUUAUAAGAUCAGACAGCUCAAGAGCGAACGAUUGGGUCAACUUAUAAGCUUCAGUGGAACUGUUACAAGGACGACACAAGUACGGCCUGAGCUGAUCAGCGGGUCGUUUUCAUGCAAGAUAUGUAAUAGUGUUAUUGGAGAUGUUGCACAGGAGUUCAAAUACACAGAGCCUUUGACAUGCCCGAAUCAUCUAUGUACAAAUAGGAAGCAGUGGACGUUGGAUAUGAACAAAAGCAAAUUCAGUAACUGGCAAAGAGUGCAUGUUCAGGAAAACACAGAGGAGAUUCCUGCUGGGUCGUUGCCAAGGAGCAUGGACGUGAUAGUGAGGAAUGAACUUGUUGAGAAGAUUAGGGCAGGAGACAAAAUUGUGAUGACUGGGUAUUUGAUAGUUGUUCCUGACAUUAUUCAAUUGAUGAUGCCGCAAAGCAAAGUAGUUCCUAUGCAGGAAGGAGAGGGCGGCGAAGCAAAGAAGAAGCGGAACAUCAACAUUAAGGACCUGAAUCAUAAGAUGGUUUUUAUGUGCAUCCAUGCAGAUUGCAAAAGCACUGAGGAGGAGUUUACAAAUGAGGAGCUUGCAAUAAUCAAUGAGAUGAAGGCAUCAUCUGAUCUGUAUUAUAAACUGAGUCAAAGCAUGUUUCCGUCGAUUCAUGGGCAUUAUUCAAUUAAGAAUGCGAUUUUAUUAAUGCUUGUUGGCGGAGUUGGAAAGAAAGCAGAAGGUGGAGCUAACCUUAGAGGAGACAUAAAUGUGCUGCUUGUUGGAGAUCCUGGGACAGCAAAGUCGCAGUUUCUGAAACAAACAAGUGCUUUUCUGCCUAGAAGUGUGUACACGUCUGGAAAGAGUAGUAGUGCAGCAGGACUUACAGCAAGUGUAGUGAAGGAUGGUGAGACCGGAGAGUUUACGAUUGAUGCAGGAGCAUUAAUGCUGAGCGACACUGGAGUGUGCUGUAUUGACGAGUUUGACAAGAUGAACUUCAAGGAUCAGGUGAGCAUCCACGAGGCGAUGGAGCAGCAAACAAUAACGAUAUCGAAGGCAGGCAUCAAUGCAACAUUAAAUGCAAGGAGCAGCAUUCUUGCAGCAGCGAAUCCUAUAAAAGGCCGGUACGACAAGAAGAAGACGUUGAGGCAAAACAUCAACUUGAGUGCACCUGUGAUGUCAAGGUUUGACCUGUACUUUGUAUUGAUUGACGAUGUGAAUCUAGAAAACGACAAGAAUGUUGCAAUGCAUGUGUUGAACAAUCAUGCAUCACUGAGUGAGACUGGGAGAAUAAGCAGCUAUUUCACACCUGAACAAGUGAAACUGUAUCUGAGGCAUGCCAGAGGAAGAAAGCCAAGGAUGACUGAUGAAGCAAAGGAUUUACUAAUAAAGAAGUAUGUUGAGAUACGACAGGAUAGCUUGGUCAAUAGCAGCAACUAUAUGAUGACUGCAAGACAUCUGGAAAGCCUUAUUAGGUUGAGUGAAGCGCUUGCAAAGAUUCAUGAUGUUGAGCUUGUUACUAGAGAAUAUGUUGAGGAAGCACACAGAUUAAUGAAAAGCAGUGUGAUUGAGGUAAAAGGAGAAGACAUAGAAGUGAUAGCAAAGACAGACGAUCACCCAGGCUUUGUUGUGAAUCACAAGGAUUAUGUGCGAAUAACAAGUUCGCUUAUAUACCUGAUUAAGACCAGGGAUCCGAUGGAGAGGCAUGAGCUUCUGGAGUCAUUUAUGGCAGAAAGUGAGCCAUAUAUUGAAAGUGAAAGAGCGUUUCUGGAUGAGCAUGUCAAGGCCGAAAAUGUGUUGUCGUUUUUGAUUGCAAAAGAGGGUGUUCUGUUUGUAUGUGAUGGAAAGAUUCAUGUGCACCCAAACUACGAUAUUUAG